CUUUUCAAGGGUUUCUUAAUUUUUCCCUCAAAAUUCUCUUCAUCUUUCUCUUUCCUCCACUUUCUCUCUCUAUCUUCACUCUCUACAAAAAAACCCCUCUUUUUCCUUCAAUUUUCAUUAUAUUUUUAUUUAUUUAUCUAUUUAUUUAUUUUCUCUGAAACUAAUUAUUACUCGUCCAAAAAAAAAAAUAAAAAAUUGACGAAUUUGAAGAAGAAGAAAGAUGUUGCCGUCGUUGUCGUUAUCGUCUUCUUCGUCCUCUUCAGCUACGAGUCGAGUUGAUAAGGCUACCAGCGAGCUUCUUGUUGGUCCUGAUUGGACUUUGAAUAUUGAUAUUUGUGAUUUUUGUAAUUCUAAUCACUGGUUGGCGAAAGACGUGGUGAAAGAAGUGAAAAGGAGAUUGCUGAACAAGAAUCCUAAAGUUCAAUUGCUUACUUUAACGCUGUUAGAGACUAUGAUUAAGAAUUGUGGCGAGUAUAUACACUACCACAUUGCUGAGCGAAAGAUAUUGGAUGAGAUGAUCAAACUCGUAAAGAAAAAGGCUGACAUGCAUGUGAGAGAGAAAAUUUUGGUACUUCUGGAUUCAUGGCAAGAAGCCUUUGGUGGUCCUGGUGGAAAAUAUUCUCAGUAUUACUGGGCUUGUGAUGAACUGAGGCGCUCUGGAAUCCAUUUUCCCCAGCGCUCUCCUCGCUCAGCCCCAGUGAUUACACCACCAGUCACCCACCCAUCAAGAGUUACUCAAGUUGGCUUCGGCAUGCCUGCCAAUUCUUCGCGGAGGCUGGAUGAAGCCAUGAGUUCUGAGGUUGAGAGCUUAAGCAAUUCGACUUUGGAAUCUAUGCAGAAUGCGUUUGAGCUCCUGGAUGACAUGCUCCAAGCAGUCAAUCCUAAUGAUCGCAUGUCUGUGAAAGAUGAAGUAAUUGUAGAUCUUGUUGAGCGUUGUCGUACAAAUCAGAAGAAAUUGAUGCAAAUGAUCACUUCUACUACGGAUGAGGAACUUCUUGCUCAGGGUCUUGAGAUGAAUGAUUCCUUGCAAAGUGUGAUUGCAAGGCAUGAUGGAAUAGCCUCCGGCGCUCCCCUUCCAAAUCAUAAGAGGGAUGUCAGUGUUCAACAGAAGGAAUCAGUUGAAGAAUCCAAUGCCAAAGUUACCGAGGCAAGAGACAAAUCUCCUGUAGAGGGCAGCAAUUCUCCAGCAUCUGAGGCGCCUGUUUCAAAGGCUCUAGCUGAAGAGGAGGAAGAGGAGGAUGAGUUCGCGAUGCUUGCUCGAAGGCACUCAAAGGCACAAGCUGCACCUUCACAUAGUGCUGGGACAGUUUCUACAGAAGAUGCAGCCUCCUCCAGUGGUAGCAAUAAUGCACUAGUAUUAUUUGAUGCACCUUCACCUGCAACUACGACGACAACUAGUUCAAAAGAGCAGGACUUUAUUGAUCUUUUGAGCCUUGUUCUGACUACAAGUUCAACUUCCUCUGAAACUUCGCAAGCUCCAACCUCAGCUCCUGCUCAAGACACAUUUGAGGCAUCUCUCAACAGUUAUGUUGUGCCAUGGGCGCAGCCUCAACCACAGCCUCAGCCCCAGCAAAUGACACAGUCUUCACCUCAAUUACAAACACAUUACCAAUCGAUGCAAUCUCAGAUGCCAACACAAUCUCCACAGGGUUACUCACAAUUUUCUUCUGCCUAUCCCCCACCUCCAUGGGAGGCAACCUCCGGUUAUGGCAAUGGCCACAUUCCAGGGUCUAAUCCAUACCAAUACCCAACUUCUCAAGGAAAUAUGAACAAUUAUUCCAUGUCUAUGCAAGGAGGUUGGUCAUCACAGAAUGCAUAUUCACAAUACGGAAAUCAGCCAAUGUAUUCCAAUCCUCAAGCUGCUGGCAACUCCUUGCCAAUGCCAGGCAUCCGUUCACUUCAGCAUGCCAAUUCCUUCCAAAAUCCCCCAUCUAUGAACGACAACCCAUACACAAAUUCACAAGUGGCUAAUAAUUCUUCCUCAUUACCUAUGCAUGGAGCUCGACCAUUUCAGCAUGUCAACUCUUUUCCUGCAAAGGUAGGCAAUGGGUUAGGUAUGAAUGGAAACACUACGGUGUUAAAUAAUGGCUCUGUUGGUAUCCCUUCUUCGGGGCAGAAGCCUUACAUUCCGUCUUAUCGUCUCUUUGAAGAUCUGAAUGUCUUGGGUGGGUCAGAAAGCAAGAUCAAGAGUGGUCCGUAUUCGAGUGCAUCAGGAACCCGAAUAUGAUAGUUGGAAGGGGUAGUAACGUUGGAGUUCAAUCAUGCAAUGACCUUGAAUUGGAUUACUCACGCAUACAUGUGAAUAGAUGUGUAUAUCUUCACACACUGGGCUUGUAAUUAUUCAGACAUAUUGUGAUGUUGGCUUGAACGUGUGGUGUUGGUACUUCCAAUGAUUUAUAAUAGAAUUUAAUAAAUUAUCUCGAUUGUUCCCUAA